AUGACUGAAACACUGCUUUCAAUUCCACUUAAUGUACUUGAUCUUCGUGAUAAUGACUUCUUUAUGUUCAUCGGUCAGUUUUGUAGUCAAGAUGUUGUGGAAUAUUUAAAACUUCUUGGUGUUCGAUCUGUUGAUUCGCUCCUUGGAAUUGAUGAUAUUUUUUUACCAUUACAAGAAGACUAUCUUGAAUUAAUUGAUGUGAAGAAAAAAUUAGCAUUUCGUCGUUCCGACGGUAGCUAUGUAAUCAAGAUUGGAGUUCAAUACGAUAUCAAUGAAUUAACGAAAAAUCUUCGAAAUGUAUUAAUUUCCAAGGGACAAAUGACAAAUGAUCUUGGUAAUGAAAAGGAAUUAAUUUUGAAGCCAGAAGUUUUUCAACAACAUCCGUUUCUUAAACGUCUAAUUGAUUUCUACAAUUCCUUAUCACAAAAUCCUGAUUCCACAAAUGAAAAUUUUCUGCAUCGUUUCCUCGAUAAUCUCCUUUCAAAUUUACCUACUGCCAAAAGCCGAUAUCGUUAUCAAGAAGAUGUACUUGAUUUUGCACUUUGCUUAUUUAUUUCGGCAGGACGCAAUGCUUAUGAAUUUUUACGUAUUAAUAUACCUGGUGCAUUGCCUAGUUUGACAACCAUUCAAACAAAAUUAGCCAAAGAAGGACUUCGUGCAUUAGAAGGUGAAUUUCGUUAUAAUGAUAUGAUUAAAUAUAUGUCUACAGUUAAUUCAAAAUUUGCAUUUUGUGCUGAAGACUGCACCACUGCUGAACGAAAAAUUAUUUAUGAUUCUCGAUCAAACUCGUUUGUAGGUUUUUCACCUCCGCUCGACGAAUAUGGUAUACCACGAAUGAAAUAUUUCCAAACAGACUCUAUCGAAGACUUGCAAUGCUGGUUUGAACAGGAAGAUAUUUCUAAAUUGCUCAAUCUUUACAUGGUUCAACCAAUAAAUAGUAACGAUCAGAAAAUUUCUCCUUAUGCACUAGCUGCAUAUGGAACAAAUGGGAAGUACACAUCGUUUGAUAUAAUUCGUCGUUGGUUUAAAGUUUUUGAAGAAAGUUCAUCACAAGGUAUUCGCAUUAUUGGCUAUUCAACGGACGCCGAUGCAAAGUAUUUAUUGGGUAUGAGACUGGUCUCCGGUUUCUUUGCCACUCUAUUAAAUAGUCCAAUAUCAAAACACUCUCUAUUAUUAACAACUGAUAUACCGAAGUCUUGGUCAUGGUUCUUUUUACCUCGUCAACAGCUUUUCUUGUGUAUGCAAGAUGCAAUACAUAUAUGUACCAAACUUCGAAAUCGGCUUUUAUCAACUUCAGCUGUUAUAAUGAUGGGUGAUGGUUUAGUUUCUAUUGAUUAUUUAUUACAACUCAUCGAGUUGCGAUCAAAAUUCCACUGGAUGACAGAAAUGAAUUACAAAGUAAUUCAAAGAUAUGAAUUACGAAAUAAUUCCAAUUCUCUUACUCUCUUUCAAGUGACUCAGAAGGUACUACCAGGUACUAGGAGUGUAACACGUUUUUCUUACUACUAUCAAGUGGUCGAAGUCGCAAUAACUUUUCUGAUCGAAUAUUCGGGGAUAUGCAAAUGA